UUGUGUGAAGAAUUUUUUGGGAUAAAACGUUCAACGUCCGUCAUUUUACACUCGGAGUUGGUUCGAUUUUUAUUAUCUUUAGAAUUUUCUUCAAUUUUUCAAGUAUUUUUAAAUUUGUUCUUUAUAAUAAUUUAAUAUAAUACUAUUUUAUUAUUGUUUUGUCAAAAAUAGAUUAUAGAAUUCUCAUAGGUUAAUGAAACACCUUUAGAAUGUGUACGUCAUGAAUACAUAUGUACGUCAAUAUGGCGCCUAGUGAUUAGAAUUAAGAUGCUAUCAGGCUACAGUAUUUACUUUUGAUAAUUUGGUGUCUAUACUAUGGAUAUUAAAGAAGAAGGCGAAAUUUCAUUAGAUGAUGUCAGUUCGUCGGAGGAAACAAAUCAUAAUAAUUGGCUAAAAAAAGAAAAAAAACUAGAUAUGGAAAGAAAAUACGAUAAACGAGAAGUUGAUAUUCUUCCUCAAGAUGCAGUCUACGGCAAAGAAAAUCGUCAAUAUUCCAAUGAAUUACAUGUAUAUGAUACGAAGACAAAACCACCAGUUCUAAACGAUCUAUCUAAAGAUGGUCUAUUGCCAAUAUCUAGUGAGGAGGACAAUGGUGUUGAGAUAGUAGGUAGGCCAGAUACUUCUGAACGAGCGAUGGUUAUCGUUGGGCCUAAAAGAAAAAGAAAGAAAAAGAAAAAAAAGAAAACUGGACAAAGAUUAUUGGUUUUGGAUGAUCUUGAGUCUGCCAUCGAACCUCCAUCCUUACCAACUCGUAUCACUGGAGACGAUAUCCUUACACCACCAAGUCAUUAUGAGUCAAGUGAACUACAUAGAAAAUAUUCUCCACCAUCUGCUAAACUCUACCGAUCUCCAGUUAAUCAUUUCAAAACAACCUCUCAUCAUCCUCGUGCACCAUCACCUCGUCGAAGAUCACCACGAAGAUUAUCACCAGAAAGAUCAACAGUAAUAUCAGAUAGAUAUUCGCAACAUAAAUCGUCUAGAGAACAUUCAUCUCGUCGUGAUGUAACUCAAUUGUUAUUGAAAAAAGUACGACAAUUUGAUAAUAGAUAUAAAGAUACUUCGGCAAAAGAUCAAUUAUUAUCUAACAAAAUGCACAUACUUAAAUCAGAUUCUAACAGUUAUCUAAAAGAAAAUGGAGAUUUGAAAAAUUAUAAAGCAGCAAACUAUGAUGUAGAAGAAGAAGAAGACGUUGAAAAAUUACGACGUGCAGCUUUAGAAACAAAACUGCAAAAAAGUGAAAGAAAAGAUAUAGAAAUAAUUAAAGAUUCAAAAACAGAAUCUGAAGAUAAUUCAAGUCUAAAUUAUAAUGCAGGCGAUCAAGAUGUAGAAGAUUUAAAAUUACGAAUGAUUGCAUUGCAAUCGGCUUUUCAAAAGAAGCAUCGUGAUAGAGUUCAGCGGGGUGUUGUUGGUAAAAACAAAAAUGUUAAUAGAAGAGAUAAAAGUCCUUCUAGUGACAGUUUUCUUGAUGAUCUAUUCAACGAUUUUAAAGAGCUUAGUAAAGAAUCACCAACUGCAGAAAGCGUGGAUGUGGAAGACAUGGAUUUAGACUCAGAUGUAGAAAGGGAGAAAGAAAAUCAACCGUAUUCUCCUACUGAUGGCUUAUCAGACGAUAAGUAUUCAGAACCAGAAACUGUUGAACCAUCAAAUAGAGUACCUCCUAAUUCUUAUUCUACUAUUCCACGUGCAGAAUACAAUGCUCCAGUUCCAACAUAUAAUCAAGCAUUUUAUCCGCAACCAAAUCAAAUGGCACAUCCUGAAUCUCCUUAUCUACCUUUAGAUUCAAUACAACCACCAACUAUUGAUAGAUACUUAGGAGCAGAUCAAUUUAAUUACAAUGCUUCAUACAUAAGACCUAUGCCACCGAGAAUAGGAGCUGUUCCUACAAGUUCUCGUGCCGAAACACCAUAUUCUCCUACAGACACCCCAGCUUUUGAUCCAGAACUGCCAGUCUGUCCAUCAGAACUUUCUUUUGUUGAUAAUGUUACCAAUACUACUAGUGUUUCAUAUCCCAAGAAUACUUAUUUGAAUAAUCCCAUGUUACAACCACACAACAAUGGUCCUAACUAUAUCCCACUCCCAACAGAGCUCAAUAAACAAGCUGCACCGUCCACGACAGCGCAUUUGGCUCGUGAUCCUCGUCGAGCUGCUGCUUUAUCUCGAGGAGUGAUACCAAUUUCUACUCAACCUCAGAAAAUUACUCCUUUAGAACAAUCGUCGGUGAAACUUGUAGAAAAACCUAAAGAAGUGGCCAGUGCUGAUCCUAGAAUAUAUGGAAUUAUUGCAGCUAGUAAACAUAAAAAUGAUGAUCGUUUUGAAGAAAUUAUGAAGAGCUUAGAAGAGUAUACGUUGGAGCCUGCAUAUUUACAGGGCGUUCCUCAAAUAACCAAAGAUGCUAAUAAGAUUCCUACCUUAGUAAAUAGAACUUUAGUACCUGCACCUAUUCUGAGGACAAAUAAACAGCUCCAGCAGAAAUUACCUGCCAAAAAACCAGAUGACACUGUUGAAAAAACAUUCAAAAAUGCUGAAAUGCAACCUGUUGAAAUUGUAAAUCAAUCCAAAAGUAGUUCGACAUUUAAACCUAUUAAAUUACCAUCGAAAACACGGAAAAUUCAACUUAUUGAUCUGCCUGUAAAAGGUUUCAAUCCUAUCAAUGAGUCGAGUACUUCUACUGAUAACGGUUUAGAAAAUACUAGUACUGUUGAUUUGAGUAAGAAUACUGAAACAUUGACAACAGAAGCUGAAGUGAAGAAAAGAGGAAGACGGCCUAAAACACCUACAAUUCGAAAAACUAAUGCGAAAAAAUCUCCUGUCAAAGAUAGUAGCAAAGCUUCAAAUAAAAUUAUAGGAAAAAAAUCUCAAGAAAAUAAUAAAGAAGUUGAAAAUCCAUUAGAAGAAAGGGAAAAAGUUGAUGACGGUGAUGCUAAAAGACCACGAGGAAGACCAAGAUCAAGAAGUGUUCAUAGAGCUGAAAAAAAUGAGGAAGAAAAUAAAAGAAGAGAUAGUUUACACAGGACAGUAAAAGGAAAAACUUCCAAGGUUUCGGAAACAAGUUCAAAAGAAAAUGAUAACAAACGAAGAUCUAGUGUUGAUGAAGAUGAAGAAGCUCUACGUGCAUCAGUCAUUGCAUCAAUGUACACAUCGGGACUGAAGAAAACGCGAGAUGAGUCAUCUGAUAAAACAAAAAUUGAUAGCACUAGAGAUAAAUCCUUAAUUACAAGUAGUACCGUGAAUGAAAAAUCUAUUUCUACUUUAAAAAAUAACUCUAUGAUUAUAAAUAAUGUAAAUAGUAAAGUUCCAAAUACAAAAAGUACAAUUGGCAAUGUAGCUUCUAAUACACUAGUAAAUGCUAGAAAACGACCAGGAACGACAGAUGUAUUUGGUCCACCUGAAAAAGUCUUGAAGAAGACUACAAUAACUUCCAAAAACCCUCUUGAUAAUUUAACUAAAAAUUUGGGAGCGCCAGCAAGUCCAAAGAUGUCAAAGAAUGUAUCAAGAGUCGUAAUUAAUUUAGGAGAAGAUUCUGAUAGUGAUUCCGAUUUCACUGAUUAUUCUUCAUUAUUACCUUCGAAGAGAUCGAAUGUUGCUGCUCCAUUGACUGAUUUCGAUAAAAAACUCGAUGAAUUCUUGAAAUCUCAAAGAGAAAAAUUAGAAAUUAAUAGUAAAGUUCUCUCUACAUCUACAGGAAAUAAAACAGCGGCUUCAAUAGCACAAAAGACAUCAGCUCUUAGUUCCACACCGCUGGCAGUACGUCAUUUACCAGUUUCGAAACAAGAAGAGUAUAGAAGAUUAAAACAACAAUUGGCUGAGAAAGAAAAACAGAAAUUGAUAAGAGCUUCUAAAAAGAGUUCACAAAAAUCGACAAAAGCGAUAUCAACAUCAACAGAAGAAAGUGUACAAGUUACUGCGACCAAUUCGCAAGUCAAAAAGACGACAAGAAGUUCGAAACCAGCGGCAGAUUCUUCCAUUUCUACAUUACCUCCAUCAAAUGAUCAAGGAGUUUUUACAAACAUUCCACAACCACCAAAAAUAUCAUCAUCACUUACUCCAGCUUCCGAAAAUCUUCAACCAAUUACUAAUAUUUAUCCAAAUAAUUUGAUGGAUACGUCACUCGAUGAAGAGCAACAAUUAUUACUACCUCUAGACUUUUCAAUCAAACCUGAUCCUGAUGAUUUCCUUACUAUUACUGAUGAGCCAAAAGUUGAUCCUUUGAUUAUUGAAAGUGUUUCUCAGAAUGGUUAUAAUGAAAUAAACUAUGAUAUGGCAUUAGAGAAUUUGGGCCUGAGAGAAAAUCUUAUCAUUCAAAUUUCAAAUAUUCAAGAUGAUAAUAUAAAAAGUCAACGGAAAGUUUUAUUCGCUAAGGAUCUUGCUGCAACCGAAGAACCAACACCUUCAGCUGAAGAAACAACUCCUAAUACUCCAGCUGCUCCAGUAUUAAAGAUUUUGACUACAGCUCAACUUAAUAUGAGAGUUGGACAAGAACCACUAUCAACUAAUCAAGAAGAAAUGGAAGAAAAAGUCAGGCUUGAUGAAAAUGGACAAGUCAUUACACAGGAUACCCAACCUUCAAAUGAAAAUAAUAAUUCCACUAAUGAAUUAGCUAGUCAAGUUCCUCCAGUAGUUCCUAAAUCAGAACCCGUGUCUGAUUCUUCUGAGCAGCAUAUGUCAAUACCAAGUAUUCAAGUUACACCAGUUACAGAAUCAAGUACAACAAUUCCAACAGUAUCUGUUCAAGCAAAUGUUAAUUCAGAAGAAUCAGCACCUUUACUUCCUCCUAAAGAAGAACCAGAGGUUGAACCUCCUAUUCAAACGCCAACAGUAAUCCCAAUAACCCCAAUGAAUAUUAUUAAAUCUGAGGUUGAAGAAGACCUUAAAACUUAUAGUAAGCUUCCGCUAGAAGAACAGAAGACGGAAUUAUUGAAGAUUGAGAAUGAUUUAGUUAAGAAAAGGUAUACAAUACUGUCAGACGUAUCAGAAAUGAUGGAAAGUUUGCAACAAUGGGAGAUUGAAAGAAAUGCUAAAAUAAAAUUAGCAAGAGAUGUAGCAAGGCUAAGAUUAGAGUUGAAGCGGGCUGAAGAACGUUUAGAAGAACAGAAACUUAAAGUCAAUAACAUGGAACCAAAAAUUAAGAAAGCUCAUAGUGUAAUUAAUGUUGGUAGAUCUGAAUGUGUAAAAUUGAAUAAACUUUGCGAGGGUCUUGGUGCUAAUAUUUCCGGACAUGAAUACAAAUCCCCAAUUCUUGGAGCCGAUGCGUUAUAUAAUAAAUUAAAAGACAUCUCAAAUUAUACACAGCAAUUAUUCAACAAAAAAGAAACAUUGAAUAAUCAAAAGGAUGACAUAGGAUUGAAACCACCAACCGCUCAUAAAAAUCCUACUGAAUCUAAUGGUGUUGAAAAAUCUCAUUCUAGUAAACAACAAUCAGCUCCUCUGAAUUUAAGUGUCCAACCAACUCCUGAAGUCAAUGAAAAUUUGCCAACUGUUAAAACUGAAGAACCUGAAAAUCAAGAUUUAAAUUCUGCCACCAUUACUACUCCUACAUCAGACGCUAAUUGUAUACCAGUUGUUAGUUCUGAAUCAACCAUUAAUGUUUCAUCAAUUACUAAUUCUACAUCCAACAAUAAUCCAACGCCAUCAGUUCAACCUAACUUGAGUGUCAAUAUCAGCCACAACCAAGAAACAUCAGAUGAAUUUUCUUUAUCUAAAGUAAAAACAGAACCUAUUGAUACCAGUGAAACAGAAGGUCUUGAGCAUACUCCUAUGGAAGUAGAUACUGAAAGUGAAACGACGAAAGAUACUCAAUCGAUCCAAGUAACUGAACCAAUUGCUCAAAUAAAAAUAGAAAGAAUGGAUGAUGAAGAAAUUAAUGAAAGUAUUUCAAUCUGUAAUAAUACAGUACUGAAAACAGAAAAAGAUGACACUCAGCCUGAGGAGAGUUGUGGAAAUAUAUCAAGUAAUAUGUCAAUUCGGGUACUACCUAGUGAGUUUUUAAUUGGCCAAAGAAGAGAAGAAGAGAAAACAAAAGAAGGAAAUACAGAUGCUACUGAUAAAAAACAAACUAAUUCUACCGGUGUAAGUGAUAGAGCAGUUGAGUUAAGUUUCACUGUGGAUCCAGGUGUCUGUAAAAAAGGAACAUCCGAAAUUGAAAAGAGAUUAGAUGAUAAAAUUCAAAAUACUGAAGGGAAAUCUGUAUCAGAUACUUUUCCAAUUAAUAGAUUAGAUAAUGAACAAAUUCAAAAUACUGAAAUAAAAACUGAAACAGAUCCUUCAUCAAGUAUUGACUUAACGGGAAGUAAUGUAAAUAUUGUUGGACAAGCUUCAGAAAGAAGUAUAAAGGCUGUAGUUACUAAUGUUCAAGAAACUUGGGCUGACUUUGAGGAAGAGAAACCACUUGUGACUGAAGUGUCUUAUGAAUCAGUAUUAACUGCCUUCAAUACCACAAGACCCGUGGAUCCUAAUGGAGUUCUAUGUCCUUUUGAAUUAAUGGGAACAUGCAAAGACGACUCAUGUACAUACAAUCAUCUCAAUGCUGACCGCAAAAUGUAGCGGCGAAUGUUCCUGGUCUAUGAGAUUUGGACUCUUUCAUACAUUUAGUGGUUUGAACAAUUGUUACUGAGAUGUAAACUGAACAAUUUUUCUGGAAUGACUUAAUGGUAAUUUCAAUUCAAGGAGAAUGUUAUCUUCAUUUCUCCGGAUGGUAAGUUGUCUUUUUAAAGAAAAAAAAAACAAAAACAAAUAUAAAAUAUAAUUCAUCACACGAAAAGAUUACCAUAUUACUCAAUUUUUUUCUUUAAGUUUAAUACGCGUUAUAAAUUUUUUUUUAUAAUGCAUAUUUAUAUAAAUAUAUCUAUAUUAUGUGUUAUAAAAUAUUACUAUCAUAAUCAUAAUUUAAUUAAAAUGUCAAAAAAAAAAGUUAGAAUAAUUUUGGCGCGAUUAAUUAGUUUCAGAACGUGAUGUUGAGAAAUUAUCGUUUUUAUAUAAUACUUUUAAUCUCCAACAAAUAUACCUCGUUAAAUGACACGUCCUGUACCUGUGUAUAAUAAAAAGUUAUUUUUUUUUAA